AAACUCCUUCACCCACCCAAUAGUACUGGCCAUCAGAGUCAGUCCACCCCAUGUAUGUCCAGAGUCUCCUGUGUAUGGGCAGUAAACACGCUGUCCAUCUUUGAGGGGGGGGAGAAAGCUUGUUAUGGCCACACAACCACAGCUCAUUGUGAUCUGGUUGAGAGCUCCUGCUUCAAUACUGAGAAGCACAAGUUAAGGUCCAGAAUUGUGUCCAACCACAGUUUUUCCCUGAGCAUGGUGACAUCGAGUGGAACGUUACAGUCCCAGUAGAUUACUUCUGGAGCUGGGCUCAGUCCUCACGGCAAAAGCUUCAACAUGCUGGCCAUCAUUGAGUCCUGGGAAGAGGGGAGCUACUAUGAGGACAGCACCGGUCAGUUUCUGUUCAUCUUGCUGUUAAAGGUGGGCCUGGACUUUCUGGUCCUGUCGAUGUGCUUGCGCUGGCUGCACACCUCCUUCAUGGGCGUCUGUGGCCUCUCCGUCUUCCUGGUCGAUGUGGUGUUGUUGUGCACUGUGGUGGCUGUGUGGUUCCUUGGACCCGCCCGCUCCCCGGUGUCCAUCUGCUUCCUCUUGGCUCAUGCCUCAGCCAUGUUCAACGCGCUGCCUCUGCCCGUGCUGGGCCUGGGGCUGCUGGACUACCUCUACGAGCCACGCUACACCACGUGUCACGACGCUCCCUGUAGGGACCUAUGGAACUAUGCCCUGACGCUGCUGGUGUGGGUGCUGGCCGGUGUGCACUCCUGCUGCUCAGCAGUCACCAACCUCCUAGAGGUUGAGUACGAGGGAGGGAGGAAUGCUUUAGGGUGCACUGUGCAGGAGUCUGUGUUUGUGGUACAUUUCUCAGUGGGGAUCUCCGUGGCCAUCUGCUGUGUAAUGCUGCUCCACUACAAACAGAUGCCUUUGUGGCUGAAGGAGGCCAACAGGCUGUCAGAGCAGAGGGAUAAUGUUAACCCAAUGCUGCAGAGCCACUUGAGAUUCAGGUAUGCCAAGUUACAGCAGCUAGGGGGUGACGAGGACGAGCAGAAAGCACUGGCAGUGGAGACUGAAUGGCAGAGGCCCCCCCUUUACCUCAGCCUGACUUUGGACUUUGGCACAACGUGGGCAUCUUACCUGGUCAUGUGCAUCGCCUGUGAGCUUUUGGGCCUUGCAGUCCCUGCCUACAUCAGCAUCAACCUCCUAUGGUUGGAGUGUGCCAACAGCGUAUUGGUGGGGCUGGUGUUUUGGCUCAAGAGCGACUGACUGAGGCCUUACACCGCCAGUGGCAUGUUUACCGGCACUUAAAGUAAAGAUUCAACUAUUUGUUUUUCUUUCAAAUAUUAUAUUUUACCAUUUUCCAUACAGACAAAAAUAAUAAUAACACACAUAAAAUGAUAUGUAUAUAUAUAUAUUAAUAUAUUGUGUUUGUGCAUGUAGGCUAUGCCGGGCGACAGGGUAGCCUAGUGGUUAGAGCGUUGGACUAGUAACCGAAAGGUUGCAAGAUCAAAUCCCUGAGCUGACAAGGUACAAGUCUGUCGUUCUGCCCCUAAACAAGGCAGUUAACCCACUGUUUCUAGGCCAUCAUUGAAAAUAAGAAUUUGUUCUUAACUGACUUGCCUAGAAAAAUAAAUAAAAUCUCUGAACGAAGUUUUAUCGAUUCCCUAAGUUAAUUCAUGUUUUCACGUGUAGCUGAGAUAUUGCUGUUCAAGCAGGCAGAAAUUCUGCCUGUAUGAAGUAGCUUUGAGAAAAAGACACUCGCAACACCGGAAGUUAAUAGGAAUAGGACUUUUAGAUUAUGAAAACGCCUAUCAUACAUGUCAGUUUUCAGGGUCUUAAGUGGGCACGUGAUCGCGUUGCACUCCAUUGCAUUGGCUUGGUAGGUGACUCGUUUGGAGGUAAGACAUGUACAAAAAUAUUACUACAUCUCGUUAGGAUCUAAAUUAUCAGAGUAAGAACUCAACGGACGCUAUGAAAGCUUAAACCAUCUUUAUUUAUCCCAGAGGGUCGAACAGCUGAACCGACCAAAAUACAUUUCCAAUAGUGGUGGUGUAUGUACCCCAAUCUGGGGUGAAAUCUUCUCCUUCUCUCCAAACACUAAAUCUCUGUUGCUAGCCAGGAAAUGAAGUGGCAAUAAACAGUGCCUUCUCCCUUUACGUGACCUCAACCCCCUUCAUCACUAAUCCACGGCUCUCUCCCCUUAUCAGUGCUGCCACGUAAUAAUUUACCCUGCACUCAGCACAUUCCAAGCUUAAUUGCACCCACCAUAUACCUUCCUCCUACAGAUAACCAUUAACUUCUGGUGUAGCCCCUCUAACCCUAAGCACUCGAUAUUUCAACAGGAUACCUGAUAAUUAACCCUAUCCCGAGUUUAGGAGUAAGAACCCAGAAUCCAUCAGUCCCCCGUUUUGAACAUUUAACUCCAUACUGUUCAACAUGACAUAAACUUGGGAAUGACUUAUAGAUGGACAAACAAUAAUAAUAAAACAAAAACAUGAUUCACCAUCGACAAACUCAGAGACUUACAGUAUGUUGACUUCUGUUCUAUGACCAUUUCACAUAGAAACUGAUAGUAACGUGUCCGCUGGAGUUGUCGACCCCUUCCAUUUCAACGUCCUUCUGGUUCCUAAGUGAGUGAUAGCACAAGACUUGAAAAUCAAUGAGAAACACAAAACAUAACCGUAUUAACAAUGUGGUAAGCUUUUCAUAAUUAUAUAUGCAAAGUUAUCCCAAAGUUUGAUAACAUGACAAUUCCCACUCUCUCUUCGCCUGAUUCUAUGCCUUCAGAAUUCUGGAUUCUGCUGGAUUCCACAAAAAAUUAAGGCCCUAUAAAACCUCCUCAUGCUUUCAUCCAGUCUUCCCCAUCAGGCCACAGGGUAUAAGAGGUGUUUCCAAGCCAUGUCAUUUGAACUUGAUAACCUUUCCCACCUGGACAAAAGGAACACCUAUGUGAGAAUGCUGUUCAUUGACUACAGCUCAGCGUUCAACACCAUAGUGCCCACGAAGCUCAUCACU